UGAGUCUGUAGCGGCAACCAUUCAACUUGGUUAGGCUGCAUAGAUUUGGAGGAAUAUAGGAUUGAUUUGUAAUCCUAGCAGUUAGUUAUUUUAAAGGAUAAAAUAAUGCUUUAUUGAGUUCCCUUAUCUUACCAGAUGAGCCAUUGUCCUGUAGAAUAUUCCAAUCCUAAUUCCCAGAAUACCAUAUCUUAUAUUACCUCAGAUUCUGUUAUUAGUGUCUCGUUCGCAGAUUGUCAGUCGUCUAGUCCUUCAUACCACUCUCUGUCAUCAAGUACGACUCUUCCUGGUGUUGGCUCUUUCUUGGAUAAAUCAAAUCACCUUUCACACUAUUCUCCUAAUAAAUAUUAUGAUACAGAACCUACUGUAAUUCCGGGACACUCUUGCGUUGAGAACACUGGUGUUUUCGAUAACAAUCUUCCUUAUCCAAUAAAAUCGGAGGCCAUUCACGAAAUAGUAUCUGGGACGUUUAUUACUCCAGAUGCGCACAACCAAUCAUGUUUUACAUCUCCUUUACAUCCUCUAAAAUCAUUAAACCCAAGUCUUCCUGUCCAAUCUAGUGAAUCUUUGUUAACUGGUUUCACUCAUCCACUUUCUAUGGACCAUACUGUUUUAGAAGACGGUGGGUUAGAUUUGGAUCGAGUGUUUGUCGCUAUUAUUAAUGAUCGAAAUUCUGAACAUGAUAUCUUUAAUGAUACUGAUGUUAAUUGUGACAGUGAACGCUGCUCAAUUGAUAAAUCAAAUUCCUGUAACAAACAGUUACUUAAUAAUAGUAUUCAGUCGUCUGUUAACCAAAGUAUGCUAACAGAUGAUUCAGCGGACAAAAGUUUAUUAAAGUACUAUCCUGUAGUAGAUACUGAGAAGACAACUCAACAUCAAACCCAUCCAAAAACAUCCCCCAUUUCAGAAGUUGGCCAAACACGCAAGUCGUCUGGAUCAUCUGAAGUUUCAACCCGAAUAUGCGUAGUUUGUGGUGACAAAGCUUCAGGGUUCCAUUAUGGUGUGUCUACAUGCGAGGGUUGUAAGGGUUUCUUCCGACGUGCUAUACAGCGUGACCAAUCAUAUACUUGUGCUAAAAAUGGUACAUGUGAGAUAAAUAAAACGCUUCGUAACAAAUGUCAACAAUGUCGACUCCUCAAGUGCAUUGCUGUGGGAAUGUCGAGAGAUGCUGUUCGUAAAAGGCGUCAUGGUAAAAAACGGGAACAGUCUUCUUGUGAAUCAGUUACCUUGCCUAGUUCAGAUUCCUCAAACAAAUAUGAAACAUCAGCAUAUUCGUCAGGUUCUGCAGACGUAGUUUUAACUCCAUCUGAAGCACAUUUAAAUGAAACUACACUUAAGCCCCAGGAAAUGCCAAUAACAUCAACUAAUUUUCAACCAUCAUCUUCGUCAAUACCAUCUUCUACUAAUAUUUCUUUAACCUUAUGUAAUAAUAAUAAUAGCGAUAAUAGUAACAGUUUGACUAAGGAAGAUCAACAAACUCUAGACAAAUUUGAUCGUUUUUUAAACUAUUGUAAAGAUCAAGCUAUCAAAUAUCAGGCGAAUAGUUGGAAUAUUUCUAAAUCUGAUUAUUAUCACUUAUCAGGAUCUUUAUCAAGACAUCUAUCUCCCAUAAAGCAUACUCCCUAUGAAUUGGGUGAAUCAUUAAAGCUUCUUACAGUGGAUGAAAUAUUUUGUCCUGCUCAACUUAAAUUUACACAUGAAUUCGCCUGUCAUUUAGAGCAGUUCAUACGACUUUCUCAGCAUGAUCAAUCUAUCCUAUUAAGAGAUUGUUUGCCUGAACUUGCUAUAUUAAUGUUAUGUCGCGAAAAUCGGAACAAGACUCAUAUGAACUUUUCAUCUACAUCAAUAAAUUAUCAAUUGAAUUGUUUAUUUAGUCCAUGGUUUCCGAAUGCAGUAGUUACAGAUUCCUCUCUGGAUUGUCUACAUAUGACUUGUGAUAGUAUAACUUCUCAAAGUAUUUUUCAAUUUGCUUCAAGACUUCAACGAUUACAUUUGACAAAUAUGGAAUUUGGACCACUUAUUGGUGUGAUACUUUUUACUCCAGAACGUUCUGAUCUAUUAGAUAUUGACUUUGUCAAUCGUACACAAAAUUUAUGGGCUGAAUUAUUACGUCGUUAUUGUGAAAGUAAUGGAUCACAAACACGUUGUGCUCAUUUAAUUAUGAUUUUAUCUACACUACGUGAACUUGCCUCUAAAAUAACGCAUAAUUUAAAUGCAUGGUAUAAAUUAUCCAAUACUCCAAUGUCAAAUUGUCUUAAAGAAUUUCUUUAUUCUUCCAGUUUUAAUUCAAUGGAUGAUUGUUUUUAAUUAUUGUGUAAUUUUCUUAUGAUUUUUCUUGGUGAAUAAUAGUGAGAGAUAUCUCUUGCC